AUGGAAGGAAUGCCAACGCCAACUAUUGACUGGAACUCAUCUAAUCUUGUUAAUGAAUGGGAAAAAUUUGAAGAGCAUGUGAAGUUAAUUUUUCAAGGACCCCUGAGUGAAAAAACUGAAGAACAAAAGGUAAAUUAUCUGCUUCUAUGGGUCGGUGCACGCGGAAGAGAAAUCAAACAGACAUGGGUUAUCAGCAACGCUGAAGCCAAAAAACUGAACACGUUUUACAAAAGGUUCAAAAGUUACGUGCAACCGAAGCUGAACCCGAUUUUUGCCAGGUAUAAGUUUUUCAAUGAAGUCCAGGGAUCGGACUCAUUCGACGCAUUUCUAACCCGUCUACGAAUAAGUGCAAGAGAGUGCCAAUUCCACAACAACGAUGAAAUGAUUCGGGACAGAAUCGUUUUUGGCACGAACAGCGCCAAAGCAAGAGAGAAAUUGAUAAACGAAGGAGAGAGAUUAACAUUAGACAAAACUAUUUCAAUUAUGCAAAACCUUGAAUAUUGCCAGGAACAACGGAAGGCAAUUAACGCAAACAACAUCGACGCAGUGAAGAAAAGACCCUCAAAACCAGACACACAACCGUCACAACGCAGACGACAACAACAACCAAGGCGAAAACCACCGACGACGGCGAACUCCAAGUGUAGCUACUGCGGAUACAAUAAACACCAAAGACAUGAACAAUGUCCAGCUCGAAACGCUACUUGUAAUAAAUGUGGAUUUAAAGAUCAUUUCGCACGCGUAUGUAGAAACAAGUCAGUGCAUGAAUUGGAUUUAAACGGAUUAAAUAUGAGUGAUAACAGUGAUCAGGAUACCUUCUUUGUUGACAUGGUAAAUACUUGUACAUCUUCGAAAAAUUUGUCUCCUCCAGAGCAAGCCUUUAUAGUUUUGUCCGUAGGCCCCUCCCAGACCCCACUGAAAUUUAAAAUAGACACAGGUAGCUCAGCUGAUGUAAUCCCAGUCAGCCAUUUUGAAAAACUUAAAAUCAGUUACCCCUUAGAACCCCCUGAUAAUGGUUUAACCUCGUAUACAGGUAACUCAUUGCCAAUUCGUGGCAUGAUUAGGUUAAAUCUAGGUUACAACGGAGUCAGCUGUUUAUCAGCUGUUUACAUUGUAGAGAGCAACUCUGUUCCCCUGCUGAGUUUAAACACAUGUCUUACACUAGGUCUGGUCAAGUUAACGUACUCUAUCGAUACUUGUGAACCCUUAGACAAGAGCAAAAUGAUGACUCUAUAUGGCGACCUAUUUAAAGGGGUGGGGACCAUGCCCGGGGAAGCUAGUUUGCAUAUUAGACCGGACGCCACACCGGUUAUCAACCCCCCUAGAAGAGUUCCUGAAGCCCUGAGAGAGAAAUUAAAGCAAGAGCUAAAUCGCAUGGAAAAAGAGGGAAUCGUAGAAAAGGUCACUGUCCCAACAGAUUUUGUGAACUCCCUGGUAAUAGUUGAGAAAAAAUCAGGACAGUUGAGAGUAUGUAUUGACAGUAAUAAUCUUAAUGACGCAAUAAAACGUCCACAUUUACCCCAUGAGAACGAUUGA